AUGGCUGUCAAGCCUGAAAAUCCAGAAGAGAGACGGAUGAAGCUGAAAAGGCGAACCAUGCUUGUUCUUCUCAACUUGGCUCUUUUAUCGUUCAGCAUUGCGCUGAUUUGUGCCGGGGUUCAAGGCAGACGGAACAUGAAGAGUGUGCUGGAUCACAACAGUGACUCGGGACAGAACAACACUAGCAGCGUCGUCACAGAAGCCCAACCUAGCAGUGUCAAUGACGUGGAUGAGAAUAAUGCGUCUAGCCGUUUGGAGUCCGCCCGGACGGAUUUAGGAGCAUGGAUGCUUGGCGAUCCAUUCAUUUCUCUGAUAGUUAUCGGUUCCCUCCUUAUUGCGAUUAGUGUUACUGGCGUUGUUGGAGCUGUUACUACAAAUCCUCAAGUUCUAUUCGGGUACUAUGCUCCCUCAUUUGUCAUGGUAGCGAUUUUGAUAUAUCUUGGUUGCUUCUGCUUCAUCUUCGCAGCUGACGAGAGGAUGUAUUCCGAGAUACUGGAAACAUACGUCAGCACAACAGCGCAAUCAGCAGUGGACCAAAUGUUGCUCGCAAAGACACACCGAGCUUUGAUUGAAGGAGGCGUACUCUCAGUUUUGUCCGCCGUCUUGCUCGUCCUUGGCCUCUGGAUUUCAUCAACGUUGAUGGGACAUGAAUAUGCUGCAAAACAGAUGGCGAUGAGCAUGAACAUUCUCACCAUGGUGUUUGGAGCAUUUAUUCUGUAUCUAUCCAUUGUUACAUCCCAAGCCCACAUUGCGGGAGCCUAUGCUGCCAUUAUUGUAGCUAUCGUGGGCGCCUUCACUGUUCUACUUUCCGUUGUUGGUUAUUUCGGCCUGGCAAACAACAGCAGGUUCCUGCUUGUCUUGCACUCGUUCCUUCUUGCAGUUCUGUGUCUUCUGCUUUUCAUUGGAACAAUAUUAUGCUUUGUUCUGCAAUCCCAAGCGGAUGCAUACAUUCAGUCUCACUGGGAUCUGGUUACAACGAAGGUGGCGCACAUUAGCAAGGAAGAAGCAUACGCCAUUGUUGGCAACCAUAUGGUGCUGGUUGGGGUGGCUGCCAUUAUAUUGUCAGUUUGUCUCCUCUACAACCUGUUUGCAUCAAUUCUGACACUUUACAGCAAUUGGAACAAAUGGGGCAUGAAGGUGAACAGUUUGGAAGCUGACGAGUCUGCAUUGCAAAGUUUUGUUUACAUGCGUCGUCGUUCAAGCAGUCAAAGUUCUGGUGGAAAGCGGCACCGUGCCAAGCCUAAAAAGCAACAGAAAAAGCGCCGAGAGUCUUCUGAAGAAGAUGAAGAUGACAGUGAUUUUAUUGAAGUCCAUCUUUCAGAAGAUGAAGACGAGGAAGGCAAUAGCAGUGUUGUGGAAUCUUCAAGUGAUAGUGAUGCUGAUUCAGAGGCUACAAACAGGAGGAAGGAGUCCAAGCGGAGUCGAAAGCAGCAGAAGCAGACCGGCAAGAAGAGCUCAAAGAGGACAAAGGAUGACCAAGAUGGGAAACGGCAGAGGACACGUAGAGGACAACGGAAGGGGAAACAGGUUACCGAGACAGACCUUCCAGCAGCUGUGCCCACACAACAGCGUGAUGCAGAGAACAGUGCAUCGGAAUUAUCACAUUCUGAUCUUGAAGCGUCCUACAAGCCCAAACCUGCUGUUUCGAAAUGGGCGGCUGCUGUGAAGCCAGAAACUACACCUGCUUCAGAGAAGGCGAACCCCAAGACCCCUACCAAGGGCACUGCCAAGAACAAUGAUGCAGAGCGUCAUCCAGGUGGCACAGUCAAGAAGACAGAGAAGGCCGCACGGUCCCUAGCAGGGGCGGCCGCUACUGGCAGUUCAGCGUCUCCGCCGAGUCUGGUUCCACCUUUCACGCAUGAAACGGCUCUUGCUAAAGUCAAGUUUGCGGAAGCAGCAUGGAACAGCCGCAACCCGGAGCGCGUGGCGCUGGCCUACACGCCCGAUUCGCAGUGGCGCAACCGCUGCGAGUUCUUCAGCGGACGAGAGGAGAUCAAAGCGUUUCUCCGGCGCAAGUGGAGCAAGGAGCUGGACUACCGUCUCAUGAAAGAACUAUGGUGUUUCACUGAUAACCGCAUUGCAGUGCGAUUCGAAUAUGAGUGGCACGACACCACCGGGCAGUGGUGGCGCACGCACGGAAACGAGCUAUGGGAGUUCACUGACGAGGGCUUGAUGCAACGCAGAGACAUGUCUGCCAAUGACUACCAGAUUGAGGAGAAGGACAGGCGUUAUCGUUUUGAAAGGUAG